GUGUCCUGAGGGCUGGUGAGGCGUGUGGGUGGCGGGGCGCGGAGCUGGGCGCGGGGCAGGACGCGGGACCGGCACUGGACAGGGAAGCGAUGGCACCCGCGGCGUCGCGGCUCAGGGCGGCCGGGCCGGGGGCGCUGCUCCGGCGGGCGCUCGCACUGUACCUGAGGCUCCUGCGGCUGCGGCCCGUGCUCACCAAGGCCGUGACCAGUGGCAUUUUGUCAGCACUUGGGAACAUCCUGGCCCAGACCAUUCAGAAGAAGCAGAAAAAAGAAAAUUCCUCUCAAAAACUAGACCUCAGUGGGCCUCUCAGAUAUGGCAUUUAUGGGUUCUUCUUCACAGGGCCUCUGAGUCACUUCUUCUACCUCUUCAUGGACCACUGGAUCCCUCCUGAGGUUCCCUUGGCAGGGCUCAAGAGGCUCCUCCUGGACCGCUUGGUCUUUGCACCAGCCUUCCUGCUGCUGUUCUUCUCCGUCAUGAACUUCUUGGAGGGCAAGGAUACGGCUGAGGGCGCCGCCCGCACCUGGAACCAGUUCUGGCCUGCGCUGCAGACUAACUGGCGUGUGUGGACCCCGGUGCAGUUCAUCAAUGUCAACUAUGUGCCUCUGCAGUUCCGGGUGCUCUUUGCCAACCUGGUGGCCCUGUUCUGGUACGCCUACCUGGCCUCGCUGGGGAAGUGAGACCUGAGCAGACCAUGCUGAGGGCGCCCCUGGGAGGGCAUCAGUCCAGAGGAACAGCGGCAGCGAGGCCCACCUGGCUGGCUCCGGACCACUUGACGCAUCCCAGACCCCGCGGCUCCGUAUCACGUGAUUUAAGUAGCCUUGCAGCGGUGGAUAGGAAAAUAGAAAUCUCCCUAUUUUA